AUGGACGACCCUAUGGCGACAAAUCAAUGCGACGAUGGAUGGUUUGGCCCUGCCGUUGCGACCGAAAGUUGUCGCGGAGGGUUUGACUUCACGAUACUCUUUGAGUCUACUAUUCUAGCUGUCACCCCUAGUGCUUGUUUCCUUUUACUGGCUCCUCUUCGAUUCUUUCAGCUGUCUAAACAAUCACCCAAAGUGAAAUCAUCCUCUCUCCGUAUGGCGACAUUGUUGGUCUCAGCACUGUUUGUAUCCCUUCAGAUAGUUCUUCUUGUGGUGGUUAAAACACAACACAUAGGAGGGCAUGCCUUACUUGCAGGCACAGCCCUCGAAUUUGUAGCAGCACUUGCUGCUGUAACGCUUAUCGACUUGGAGUACUUCCGCUCCAUUCGUCCUUCAUCUUUAACCUCAGCCUACUUGUCCGUGACUUUACUUUUAGAGAUAGCGAGAACGCGCACCGCAUGGCUCUUACAUGACAACUCAUUAUACCCGGCGUGCCUCUCCGCCUCUCUCGCCAUGAGAUUAAUUCUGCUCACUCUGCAGAAUGUGGAGAAGAAGCGCUGGCUUCUACAGAAGACAGAGAAACUAUCAGAUGAAAGCAUUGGUGGUCCAUUCAAUCGAGGUUUUUUCGUUUGGCUAAAUGGUCUUCUCCGUCAAGGAUACAAUGCUCUAUUGAGUGGGAACGAACUGCCACAUAUUCAUGAAAAAUUGUCCUCACAAGAUUUAUCCAAGAGUUUCGAAGCAGCUUGGGAAAACUGCAACCAGAAUCGCAAAAAUGCUUUGAUGCUCGCCAUAGUCAAGUGUCUGCGCUGGGAGAUCAUAGGAAUUGCCGUGCCCCGACUUGCUGUCAUUGGCUUUAGCGUUGCGCAGCCAUUCAUUGUGGGCAGAGUCGUCGAUGUCUUACAAGAAACGGACUCUUUCUCACUCGACAUGGGAUACGGGCUGAUUGGAGCUACUGCGAUUGUUUUCAUUGGGAUUGCUGUGACAAGAGCAUUAUACGAGCACUUGGGAUUUCGAGCCACGACAAUGAUUCGCGGAGGUCUUAUGGCUCUUGUGUACCAACACAUGAUGGAUCUUCCACUGGGAAGCACCGACGAGUCUAGUGCCAUGUCUCUCAUGGGGUCGGACAUAGAAAUGCUGGCCGAAUAUUUCAACUCCACAGUUUGCGAAACAUGGGCAAAUGUCCUUCAACUGGGACUGGCAACAUGGUUACUGAAAACCCAGGUGGGAGCUGUCUGUAUUGCGCCAAUCGUGAUCGUGAUAAGUAAUGAUGCCAUUCUGACCGGGACAAAUAUUCCUGAGCAAAAGCUAAUAAUUUCCGUGAUAGCAUUUGUUGCCUUUUCUUUUGGCACGGGGAAUUCAGUGUCCUAUCGACAGAAGAAGUGGCUUGAGGCCACUGAAAAGCGCAUAAAUUUCACGUCUGCGAUUCUCGGUUCUAUUCGAAAUGUGAAAAUUCUUGGUUUGACCGAGAUUAUGCAAAAAAUGAUUGAUUCUUCGCGUCAAGAUGAACUUCAAAUAUCCAAGAAGUUUCGCCGAAUCCAGACCGUUCGGGUUUGUACAGUCAACCUGCCAAAUGUCUUUGGGCAACUUGCAACAUUUGCUGCCUACGCUAUAGUGGCAAAGAUCCGUGGGUCUGAUGGACUCUUCGUCGCGCAAGCCGUUACAUCGCUUUCACUGAUUAACCUAAUGAUAUUCCCACUCAGUAGCUUACUUUUAGCUAUACCUGACACAUUUGCGUCAAUGGGUUGUCUCGAUAGGAUACAAGGGUUCCUGAGGCAUUCAAAGCGUCUUGAUAAAAGGGCAUAUCAAUCAUUACCGCUCGAAUCUUCGAUGUGCGCUAGCUCUACAUCAGACAUUGCGUUGAGUUCAUUGCCGCCUCCACCAGAGACGAAGCAUACCGUGAUGUCCUUGAAAAAUGUUCGAUUUGCCUGGCAGGCCUCUUCAGCGGAGGAAACUGGCAUCAACCUGAAAAUAGAUUCCUGCCAAACAGGUACAUUGGUUUUGGUUAUUGGGUCAGUCGGCAGUGGAAAGUCCACCCUUCUAAAAAGACUUGCCGGUGAGACACCGGUGAUGGAAGGCGACUACUUCAUUGAAUACCCCGAUAUAGCCUUCUGUGACCAGACACCAUGGCUUAUCAAUGCGUCAAUCAAGGAGAAUAUUGUCGGGAAUUCAAAGUUUGAGCUUGAUCAUGAGUGGUAUCGCACCGUUAUAAGUGCAUGUUCUCUAGACACUGAUUUCAUGAAAAUGCCCGAGGGCGACCAGACACCAGUCGGCAGCCAGGGGAAUAAGCUCAGCGGUGGACAGAAGCAGAGAAUUACAAUUGCGCGAGCUCUAUAUUCCCGAAAGAGAAUCUCUUGUUUUGAUGAUAUAUUCAGUGGUUUGGAUAAUUCAACUUCGAAAUUAGUAUUUGACAAAGUAUUUGGCCCGAAAGGAUUACUGCGUCGACUGGGUGGCGUGGCAUUCAUGGCGACACACUCUGUGUCUGCUUACAAUUUCAACUCUCUAGUUGAGUACGCAAAAUUUGCCGAUUUUAUAAUUAUUCUAGGAGAUAAUGGCCAAGUGCUAGAACAGGGCAGCCCAGAAUGCCUUCGAAGCUACACCGUAGCUGCUCCUGAGCUAAAUAAGACGGAAACAAAAGAGAGCAACCCAAGGCUUGAUUUAAUUGAUGAUCACGAGAAUCAACAGGAGACUCAAGAGCCAGAACUGGAGUCUUUGAGUGACUCUUCUCGCGGCGAUAAACCUCAAGGAGGAGCCGAUCUAUCGAUCUAUAAGUAUUACUUUUCAGCUCUCGGAUGGCAAAGAAUUUUGUUCUUGUUGCUUUUCUUGAUAAUCGACUCUGGAAUGGGUGGAUUCCGAUCGCGUGAGAAGACUAUGAAUCUUACCAUUGAUUCAGAUAUAUGGAUUGAGCUUUGGUCCUCCAGCAACUCGCAAGGUCCCAAUCCAGACUUGGGAUACUGGCUUGGACUUUACACUUGCUUCUCAUUUAUUGAAGCAGCAACACUCACCCUUGCUGUUUACUGGACUUGGGUUGUGAUUGUACCCGUCGCUUCUAGAAACCUCCAUUCAAAAGUUCUCUCCGCUUGCAUGAGCGCAUCCUUGUCAUACUUGUCGAGUGUUGAGACUGGGUCUUUAGUUACCCGCUUUAGUCAAGAUAUGAGACUUGUCGACAUGAUUCUCCCUCGGGGUCUCAUAAAUGCCGGUUUUCAAUUUUUCGCGGCCCUUGCCCAGGGUGCUAUUGCAAUAGCGUCCUUGCCGUAUUUAGCAGCUGUUCUUCCAUUCCUCCUGGGUUUACUCUUUUUGAUCCAGCGGUUCUACUUGAGAACGUCUCGCCAAUUGAGAUUACUGGAAAUCGAACUAAAAAGCCCUUUAUACACCCACUUCAUUGAAUCACUCGCCGGAGUGGUCACAAUCCGAUCUUUCUCGUGGGUGGAUAUAUCUGUGUCUAGGAUGGUCUCAAUGCUUGAUACAGCACAAAGACCGUAUUAUCUCCUGCUGUGUAUUCAGCGAUGGCUAAGCCUGGUUUUAAACCUGGUUGUGGCGGCAUUGACAGUUCUUCUUGUGGGAAUGGGAUUUGCUCUCCGCAGUAAAGUGAAUCCAGGCCUCCUCGGAAUUGCUCUUGUUAUGAUGAUAGAUCUUGGACAGGUCUUGUCAUCGCUUAUCCAGAGUUGGACAUUACUUGAAACUUCUCUGGGGGCCAUUUCACGCAUCAAAGACUUUUCGGAGAAGACCCCUUGCGAGGAAAAUGAUGUACGGCAUUUGACUCAACCAAGCCCAGAGUGGCCAAAUCGUGGAGAAAUCGAGUUUGAGGAUGUCAGCAUCUCGUACGGUACCACUGAAGACAUCAAGCCCGUGAUAAGUGACAUUUCGCUUCAGCUGAAGGCAGGGUCCAAGGUCGGAGUCUGUGGCAGAACUGGAAGUGGGAAGAGUAGUUUGGCAAUGUCCCUUCUUCGCCUCAAUGAGUUGGUGUCAGGUCGGAUCAUCAUCGACGGACAGGACAUUUCGAACAUGUCCCGAUCGACAGUUCGGCAGAGCAUAAGUUGUCUCAGCCAGGAUCCAUUCUUUUUCCCGGGUUCCAUCCGACAAAAUGCUGACCCUUGGGGUCGCGCAACGAGUACGGAAAUACUUGAUGCUUUACAGCGGGUUGGCAUUUGGGAUUCUAUUGCAACAAAACUCGACGGCACCGUCGAUGAUGUGCUGGAAACAAAACUGGACCACGGUAUAUUAUCUCAGGGACAGAAGCAGCUGUUUUGCCUCGCGAGGGCAUUGCUUAAAAGAAGCAAGGUUUUGAUUCUAGAUGAGCCGACAAGCAGCUUGAAACCGGAGGGCAUGCUAAUGAAAUACGACAGCUUGGAUCGAGAGACAGAUGCCAAAGUCCAACAGGUCAUACGGGAAUCGUUCGGCGACUGUACCGUCAUCAUGAUAGCGCAUCGAAUCCGUACCUUGGUGGAUUUUGAUCAGAUUAUAGUACUAGAUAAUUGUCGAGUGAUAGAACAAGGAAGCCCAAGUGAAUUGAUCGGCAGAGAGGGCGGGGAGUUUUCGAAGCUCUUAGACCUUGAAUCAUGA